GGAAAAGGUAAAACAAGAGACCAAACCUCUUUAGAAAUCGUCAGCGCAAAACCCUUGCCCUGUUUUGCUUAGGUUUAUCUUCCCUUUCUUUCUAUGAAUUGGAUUCCGAAUUCCCAAAUUACAUAUCUCUCUCUGUUCUAUAUAUAUAUAUAUAUACAUAUCUAUCCUAUACCCAGUUUGCCUCUUCAUUAUUCUCAAUAAAUUUUCAGGUUUUUCAUCCUAUACCCAGUUGGUCUCUUCACGAUUCUUAGCAAAUUUUCAAGUUUUCCUAAGGUUACUUCCAGCGUUUAGCAAUGGCUGCCAGUGAUGACGAGCUCAUAGACUAUGAUUUCUACGACGAUGAUGAUCUCUGUACCUUUGGCGAUGAUUCCGACGCUAGUUCUGAAAACGACUACAUCCCCGAAACCGAUGAUGAACAGCCGGAGGAGAAAAACUACACCGUUUUGAAAGAAGCAGACAUCAAGCGGCGUCAGGAGGAAGAUAUAACAGAAGUUUCCAAUGUUCUUUCGAUACCCAAAAGAUAUGCAUGUAUCCUUCUUCGUCGCUAUAGGUGGACUGUUAGUCAAGCCCUCGAUAGCUGGUUUGCUAAUGAAGAGGAGGCACGUAAAUCCGCUGGCUUGAUGGGCAAGGACGACGAAGUUGUUACUUCUUGCGAGAUCAGAGAACUUACUUGCCAUAUCUGUUAUGAACGCCAUUCUUGUAGAAAGUUUUCUACUGCUGCUUGUGGUCACCCUUUCUGUAAUUCUUGCUGGUCGAGAUAUGUAAAAGUAAGUAUUGAUGAUGGUGCUUGUUGCUUGAUUCUGCCAUGCCCUGAUCCGUCCUGUCGAGUUGCUGUUGAUCAAGAUCUGAUCAAUUCUUUCAAGGAGUUGCCUGAGGAAUAUAAGGCAAGGUAUGCGAGGUUCCUUCUUAGAUCCUAUGUGGAAGAGUGUGGGAAAAGGAGAAUCAAGUGGUGCCCAGGACCUGGAUGUGAGAAUGCUGUGGAGUUUUCUUCUGGGAAUUGUAAAAACUUCGAUGUGUUGUGUGAUUGUUCUCAUGAAUUUUGCUGGAAUUGUCCAGCAGACGAGGCUCACAGUCCGGCGAAUUGCGAGAUGGUGGCAAAGUGGAUGAAGAAGAAUAGUGACGAGUCUGAUAAUGUGAAUUGGAUACUUGCUUAUACGAAGCCUUGUCCAAAAUGCAUGACUCCAAUUGAAAAAAACCAUGGAUGUAUGCAUAUGACUUGCAGACCUCCUUGUAAAUUUGAGUUCUGCUGGCUAUGCCUUGGUGAAUGGAAAUCUCAUGGGGAUUACUAUUCUUGCAAUGCCUAUGAGAAGGCCAAGAGAGAUGGAGAUUAUGAUGAAGAGAAUCAAAAGAAACAGAUGGCUAAGAAUCUUGUGGAGAGGUACAUUCAUUAUUAUGAAAGAUGGAUUGCAAACCAAUCUUCCAGGAAGAAAGCUCUAGCAGAUUUGAAUGGAGUGAAAGCUGUGCAUAUGGUGAAGCUUUCUGAUGUUUAUCAGAAACCCGCGUCUCAAUUGAAGGGAAUAGAAGAGGCUUGGCUUCAGAUAGUUGAAUGCAGGAGAGUUCUGAAAUGGAGUUAUGUAUUUGGUUAUUGUCUGCCAGAGAAAGAGGAAGCUAAGAAGAACCUUUUUGAGUACUUGCAGGGACAAGCAGAGUCUGGUUUGGAAAGGCUUCAUCAAUGUGCAGAGGAGGAAUUGAAACCUUUCAUUGCUGAUUAUGAAAAUCUACCAUCAGCAGAAGAGUUCCAUGAUUACUAUCUGAAGUUGGUCAAUCUGACUAAUGUGACUAAAAAUUUCUUUGAGAAUCUGGUUAGAGGCUUGCAGAGUGUCCUGGAUGCUGUGGAUUCUUGUAGCAAGAAGAAAUCUAAUAAGGUUAACUAGAAUUAGGUAGCUGUAAUUAGCUAAAAAUAAUUAGUUAUCAUGUAAUUAAUUUCUUUUAAUUUGAUAAUUAUGCAAUUAAAAUUUUACAUAAAAGAGCUGUCAUACUUUUUGAUGGUUUCAAAAUAGAUGCAGUGAAUUUGAUAUCA